AUGACGUCGCCUACGGGUCUCGGCGCAACGAUAAUCGCGAUCUGCCUCGUGAUUGGCACUGGCCUCGUCAUUUUUAACGUCACCCUCGGUUUUGGCAAGGACCAGUCAGACGUUGAUCCAGCAGUCGUACCGAAAAUUGCCCUUACUGGAACAAUAUUCGGCAUCUUCGGAGUUCUAUCUGCAGCAUGGAGCAAAACGUCAUUCGCCCUGACACUAUUACGACUGGUUGAUGGCUGGACGAGCUGGUUUCUAUGGUUUCUCAUCAUCGCGACGAAUAUCGCCAUGGACUUGGUCAUUGUCUUCUCGUUUGUGAAGUGUACACCCGCCAGAAAGGUCUGGCAUUCAAGUUUGCCUGGAACGUGUUGGAAUCCUAUGGUUGCAACAUACUAUAAUAUCUUUGCUGGGGCUUUCUCAGGCUUAGUUGACCUUAUACUCUGUGUCAUUGCCUGGACGAUCAUUUGGAAACUCUCUAUGCGGAUCCGAGAGAAAAUCGGCGUUGGGAUUGCUUUGACCUUUGGCGUCUUUGCCGCCGCCGCUGCUGCUGCGAAAUGCUACAAGAUGCUUGGCCUGAGCAGCAAGAAUCGAACUCGUCAGUCGCGAUAUUGGCCAUCACUUUCCGGUUGCUAA